CGGUGGCCUCUAAAAAGGCACUGUAGUUCAGUGUAGCAACUACCCAAGAGGGAGGUUAAAACUCGUCUUUAACGGAAUAAAAAUCUGUAAAUAAAAAUAGGGCUUAGAUAGGAAGUCACAGCAUCGAGGUUCGGUGAAAUACCGUGCUGGGCGUGGGCUAGAUCUCUUCCAGCAGACAGACUGUAUUCAAGUAAUUUGUGUUUAUCACUAUGAAAGAUAAAUACAAAUUGUUAUUAUGAAAGACAGCCUAAGCCAAAAGGGCAUGAAAAUUUUUAAUUACCUUGAGAGUUGUGCCCUAACAUACUUUGGAAAACAAACACUACUAUAGCUUUUCCAAAUUGGUAGAAAAUCAAGAGUUUCCCAAAAGCCUGUGUACACUUCUGCUUGUUUGGGGGUCUAUAAUGUCCAGAAUAUUCUUUUGUAUAGUGAAAACCUCACAUCGUUUUGUGUUCAAGGUAAUGAAAGCCAGGACAGUUCAGUUCCUUUAAGGGCUGUAUUCUAUUAAGAGAGCCAAAAAACAACACAUAAAAAGUUGCAUAAGAAAUGUAAGUUAUGGUUUAAGAUAUUUGAAGACGUCUAAAAACCUAUAUUUGGCAUGGAAAGAGCUGGGAGUCACAAAUCACACUGAACCAAAAAACGUCCAGCAUUUUCUUCCAUUACAAGCGCAAUGAACAUUCCCAUACUGCUCCAGUGUCCUCACCAGCACUUCCUAAAAGGCCUUUUGAGAACACCUUUCCGACGUUACCACUUCGUCUUUCACCCAAGUCCUCACCUCGGCUCUGGAAUCCCAUGUGCUCAGCUGCUCAGUUCUCCUGGACUCCAUUGUGCAAAGUGGAUGCUGCCAUCGAAUGGUUUACCAAGAAAGUUAUGUCUGCAUACAACCUUAGAGGGACACACAGAAGGACUUUCUGAUAAAGAACAAAGACUUGUGGAUAAGCUCUAUGCUGGUUUAAUCCAAGGCCAAAGGGCCUGUUUAGCGGAGGCCAUAACUCUUGUAGAAUCAACACACAGCAGGAAAAAGGAGUUAGCCCAGGUGCUUCUUCAGAAAGUAUUAGCCCACCACAGAGAACAAGAAAAAUUAAAUAAAGGAAAACCACUAGCAUUUCGAGUGGGGUUGUCUGGGCCUCCUGGUGCUGGAAAAUCAACCUUCAUAGAAUAUUUUGGAAAAAUGCUCACUGAGAGAGGACACAAAUUAUCUGUGCUGGCUGUGGACCCUUCUUCUUGUACCAGUGGUGGAUCACUCUUAGGUGAUAAAACCCGAAUGACUGAGUUAUCUAGAGAUAUGAAUGCAUACAUCAGGCCAUCCCCUACUAGAGGCACUUUAGGAGGUGUGACAAGGACCACAAAUGAAGCUAUUCUUCUGUGCGAAGGAGGUGGAUAUGACAUCAUUCUUGUUGAAACUGUGGGUGUGGGACAGUCGGAGUUUGCUGUCGCCGACAUGGUUGACAUGUUCAUUUUACUCCUACCGCCAGCAGGAGGAGAUGAAUUACAGGGCAUCAAAAGAGGAAUAGUGGAGAUGGCAGAUCUGGUGGCUAUCACCAAAUCCGACGGAGACUUGAUCGUGCCAGCUCGAAGGAUACAAGCAGAGUAUGUGAGUGCGCUGAAAUUACUGCGCAGGCGUUCAGGAGUGUGGAAACCAAAGGUAAUUCGUAUUUCUGCCCGAAGUGGAGAGGGGAUCACCGAAAUGUGGGAUAAAAUGAAAGAAUUCCGGGAGGUGAUGCUCGUCAGUGGGGAGCUGGCCGCCAAGCGGCAGAAGCAGCAGAAGGUCUGGAUGUGGAGCCUCAUCCAGGAGAAUGUGGUAGAGCAUUUCCGGACCCACCCCGCAGUCCGGGAACAGAUUCCUCUUCUGGAAGAGAGGGUUCUCAGUGGGGGCCUGUCCCCGGGACUAGCAGCGGACCUGUUGUUGAAAGCUUUUAAAAGCAGACACUAAUGAAGUGCGUCCUACACAGUGAUUUUAAUGUAUCUUUGAAUAAAGUAUUUUAAUAUUAAAAGUCA